AUGAUGGCGUCCCACAAGCCGCAUCUUAUGCAGCUGCACAAUGAUUCUGUGGAAAAUUUAGCACAUUUGGACACGCUUGAGCCGCAUCAACAUUUGGCAGUGAUUGACAGGGCCUGUCCGAGCAGUGAACGGUUACUGACGGAAGCGCGAUAUCGGAUCUAUCACAAAAUUCGAUGGGUUCUUCUUGAUAGCACUGACGACGAUUUGGCAGCCGCGGAGUCGAAGGAAACCGAUAUGCUACGUUUAGUGAGUGCUCUUGAAGUGACCGGCAGCUGCAAUUUGUUUUACUUCGCUUGGACGAAGGAAGGGGAGUUGGUGGCGAAAGAUGUUUACAGAAUUUCGAUUAACAGCGAACUCAUCACCAGUGUUGUGGCUAUUUGGAGAAAUGGCGCUUUUGAAGACCAACAAAUAGGAAAAUCUGUUGCCGUGCGCCGAAAAAAUCUACAACUCACGCCCAUUAGAACAACACUAAUCUACACUUCGAACUACACACUAAGCCAUUUCGAUGAUUACGAGAGCCCGCAAAUUGACACAAUUACUCGAAAUUCCUACCACAUUGCAAAAGUAUUGUACGAUUUUUAUCUCAAUGCUACUAUGAAGAAAAAGUACGCCACCAGCUGGUGUUACUCCAACAUUGAAGGAAUGUGCAGCGACAUAAUUGGCAACCGAACAGAUUUUGGCGCUGCGCUGCUGUUCAUGACACAACCGCGAUUGAAAGCACUCUCCUAUACCAAGGUGCCAAUUCGUACCUUUGUACGAAUCAUCUAUAAAACUCCCAAUUUGUCCACGACGGAUAACAUUUUCGAACUGCCGUUCGAUGCAAUGGUGUGGAAUUGCACUGCUGGGUUGACUAUUCUAGCGGGAGGCCUUACUUUGGCCGCGUAUCUUUUCAACAGAGAAAUGGACGGCGAUCAGACACCGCUUUCGGAUGCUGCAUUCAAUAUAAUCCCAGUCGCAUGCCAACAAGGUUCAAAUAUUGAAGCCUACGGAAUCAGUCGGAAGGCUUUCAUUCUGGUGAGCUUGAUUGGACUGAUGUUCUUAGAAGCGAGCUAUUCAGCGAAAAUAAUUUCGCUGAUUCAAGCACCCUCGGAAAGGAUCAGCACCUUGAAGGACCUCCUGGAGUCAAAACUAGAAGUAGCCACUGCCGAUACGCCUUAUAAUCGUCAUUAUCUUUCUACGAGCACAGAACCAGUCCGACGAGCUCUGUACGAGAAGAAAUUGCUAUUGAAAAACGGUUCGAUGAAUAUUUACAGUGUGAAUGACGGUAUUGCAAAGAUACGAGAGGGUCUUUUUGCAUACCACGUGUAUACCUCAACUGCUUACCAGAGAGUGAGUGAAACCUAUGAUGAAGUUGAGAAGUGUUACCUGAGGGAAUUAGUAUUUUUCACAAACAGCAUAGGAUACCUGCCGAUGAAGAUGAACUAUACCUUCCGAGAGCACAUGAACGUAGGCAUGAUGAGGAUACUGGAAACGGGUAUUUUUAUUCGCGAACACAACAGAAUGCACUUUAGCAAACCAAGCUGCGACAGGGCCGUGUCAUUCAGACCAUUGAAUGUGGUAGAUAUUUGGUUUUCUAUUGAACUAAUGGGUUGGGGGCUAGGAUCUGCUAUAUUAUUAUUAUCGGGUGAAAUCGUGUGGCGAAAGCACAAGAUCUCACGCAUUCCUAUAUUCCCGUACGUAGAAUAG